AUGGUUCCAUUUCCCAUUUAUUUCAUGACUGAAGAUCAGGACAUUGUGAUAGGAAUCGAUUUGGGAACAAGUACGACGUCGGCAGCAAUUUUCCGAAAGGGCAAGCUCGAAACGAUGCGGUUUGCGACUCAAUCGAAGAUAAACUCGACUGUUACGUUCAAAGGGUCUGAGAUACAAGUGGGUAUCGAUACGACUAGCAGUUAUGCUCGUUCAGGAGUAACGGUGUAUGAAACAAAGCGAUUGAUUGGAAGGAAGUUUUGCGAUAUUCAAAAAGAGAUAGAAAGUAAUAAAUGGAGUUUUGAAGUAGUUGAAGGAAAAGAUGGCAUGGCUGCCAUCAAAGUGCCAAAUCAAUCAAAUCCCGAAGAAAAACCUCGGAUUGUAUCUCCUGAAGAAGUGGCAUCAUACAUUCUGCUGGAAGUGAAAAAGCAAGCUGAAAAAUAUUGUGGCUGUACUAUCAAGCAUUGUAUUAUUACGUGCCCUGUUAUUUUUGAUGCGUUGCAGCGUAAAGCAACCAUGGAGGCUGGGUAUCUCGCUGGUUUUGAUAUUGUGGAAUUGAUAACCGAACCGUGCGCUGCGGCAGUCGCCUAUGCUCUGCGAUUCGACCCAAACCCCGACAAAGAACAUCAUUAUUUGGUGUACGACCUAGGUGGCGGAACGUUUGAUGUUUCGGUGGUGAAGCGGAGCAAAAACACGUUCCGAGUGAUCCGAACGGGAGGCGACGACCAUCUGGGCGGAAAGGACGUGGAUCUGAAGCUGAUGGCAGCAGUGGAAGAGCGAAUGGAGAACACCAGUUUGAAACUGAAGAAAAACGGCAAACUGUUAUUCAAAAUGCGUAGUAAGCAAGCGAAAGAGUCUCUCUCGGAGGUGGACUCGGUCACGCUGGAUCUCGAUUUUACGAGUGAAGAAGCGGAAGAAAUGACCAUCACUUCUUCUUAUUUGAGUUAUUUGGCCACCUCUCUCAUCGAACAAACCCUCGAAAUUGUCUUGAACGUGCUUCAUGCUUGCUCCCCACCCUUAGAACCUUCCGACAUCGAUUUUGUUUUCUUGAUGGGAGGAUCCACCCGCUUACGAAUCGUUCACUCCAAACUUUCCACUCUCUUCUCAAAGGAACGCAUCGUGGUGGAUGUCCGCGAUCUUGUGGACACGGGCAUUGCGCAGGGCGCUUUGCUCAUCGCCGAAGGCAACCAAUCAUCGCAUGCCACACAACCCGAUCGCUAUUAUGCGGGAAAUCCCGUUCCCUCGCUCAAAAUAUUCGAUAUUUGCCCACAAGCCAUUCGGAUCGCAUGCGAAGAAAACACAUUCAUGGUCAUUCCGGAACAGACCCCGAUGGGAGUGCCGCGAUCGAUUCGAUUGGUUCCUCUAUCGAACUCGCACAAGUACACGGACAUUCGGAUUUAUAUGGGCAAUUCGGAGCAGUGGAAACUCGAUCGGUUUUUGGGAACGGUGCGAAUUCCGAUUCGGCAGAAUGUUUCUUCGGUGGCCCAGACGCUGGAUGUGAAAAUGACAUUGCUGAACUGGGAGGAAAUUGAUGUGGAGGUGGAAUGUGAGUUUGAUCAUAAACGGUACCACUCUGUUGUCACAAUGGGGCUUAACAGGCGAAACAAGUUAGAUCUAACGGAGCUGCGGGCUCAAAACACACUUCGCGACACCAUCUCUUCGAAUGGGAAGGAUUUGAAAAACAGGAUCGCGGAGCUGUGCGAUAAGUGCCGAGAGGUUCUACCGUCGGGUGACUCCUUGCGUCAAGAAGUGGAUGUUCUCAACCAGAUGGCUAUCAAUAAGCAUUUGUCGAAUAAAGAGCUCGAGAGUAUUCUGAGUCGUAUACGUGAAAUAUUAGCGAAUCAUUCUUGCUUUUCUUGUUGGAAACAGGUUUUGAUGAUGAUCAAAGACCACUAUACGCGCAUUAGAAUCAUUGUUUCAUCAUAG